AUAUGUGAUCCUUGGAGAAAAUGAUUUAUCCGAAAAUUUCGCGUAACAUUUCACUUUAAUUUGCAAUCUAGAAGUCAAAAAGCGACAAUUAUUUGUCUAUAUAAGAAAAAAGAAAAUAAGGCUCUUAACAAUAAAUUUAAACCGUAUACAAAUAAAUUACAAUAUUAUUUGAUGGAUAACAUAAAGUUAUGACACAAAAGAUUUGUCUCUGGAAAGUGACCAAAUGGAUGUCUGAUGAGCAAACUCAGCAAAGCAAAAGACGUAUAAGCUUUAUACAGGAAACGAGUUACUACAUAUGGCUGGAAAACGUUGAAGAGACAAGUGGAAAAUGUUGAGGAGACAAGAAGAGCCCAUGGGAUCAGGAUGAGUCCAAAACUAGUUGAGGACUUGAGGUCAUAAAAGUCAAACUAGUCGUUUCAAAAAAAAAGAAGUCAUAAGUCAAAACAAACUUAUUUACUUGGGAGUUGGGGCUUGUGUUAACGAAAGCAAUUUAAACCUUAAACUCUUAAAUAUGAUGAAAACAAAGAAAUGAAAACAAAGUAGGCACCGGCUCCAAAGUUUGGAGAUCUUUGUCAAGCUCAAGGCCUCAUAAGCUUGCUUGAUCCACUGCGAUGCUUUCCUCGACCUAAGAGAUUUCUCACCCUUAAUAGUAACUUACUAAUACCAUGGUAAGAUAUUUAUGUUAGCUCAUCACAUACCAACACAUUCAAUUGAACCAUAGUUUAGUGUGACUGAACUUAUUGACCAAAACCUAUGUCAUGUGGCCAUUGUUUUGAGUCGAAUGCCAUUGAGUUUCACCAUAUAUACGAAAACGUUGCGAAUCUUCUUUGAUCAUUGUACACGUCUAAAGUGGCAUUCAAUUUUCUUCAGAUUUAGUUUAGAUUUUGGCGUAGAAUACUCAGCUAAUUUCCUUUGAUCAUGUAUUUAAGGAAAAAAUAGAUGACAUCUUUUCCAAAAGUUCAAUUGCUUGGUUGUCGUUUGGACGCUAAUGCUAAAUGUAAUCUUUCAAAAUUCAAAGAUUGUUGAGAAAAUGACAAUAACAAAUUAACUAUAAGUUGGAGGAUAUGACACUUUACCAAUUUUAACCAUGACAACUUAUCAACAUCAUCUGUCGGUUAAAGUGCUUCACUGCAACAUCUCCGGUACGAAAACAAUAAAACAUAAUGAUAACCAGUUUGACUAAAAAUGAGUAAAAAUAGUUAGCAUCUUAGGUUCCUCCGACACAUAUCCAUAUCAUGUAUGACCGAAACGGCGUCGCUCUAAGCGCACCCAUUUCUUAUGUGUAGCCUUAGAUUUGAAACAAAUCCAAGCAAGAGAGGUUGUCUUUGUUGGGUUAUUUGUUUACAACGACGUGAAAGCCAUUUCUCAACUAUAUAUUCUACUGUCUUAGUUUCUAAGCAUUCUAAUCUCCACCCUACUUCACACAGCUUCUAAGACACUUUUUUAACAAUAUAUAUGCGACUUUAUUGAAUCAAUCUAUUAACCAAAUUCAAGAAUUACAAAAUUGAAAAUCCAUCUAACUAUACGGAAUAGUUUUUCUUUCUUCUAUUAUUUUUCCUUAUAUAUAUAUAUAUAUUAACACAAUUUUUCCCUUUAUAUAUACAAAGAUAAAUAUAUAGCCUGAACCGGCAGUUAGAUUAUUUGAGAACUUCUCCAAAUAUGGUUCGUUUUUUUUCUUCUUGUUAUCGUUUCUUUGGUUUGAUAUGGUGUUAUGCGAAUUAUCAUUUACAACACUCACCGCCACAUAUAAAAAAGACUCCAUAAUUAAAGUGUGAAGUAGAGAAGCAGAAAAUGUUUUAUGUAUACCCGAAGGAAUAGAGAUGUACGAACUCAAAAUGGACAAUUCGACCAUAUAUCGUGGUCGUUUUAAAUAUUACUUGAGUUCAGACGUAUACGUCUCACCAUAUUGUAACACAAUCUCGAUCUGAGUCUGUCUCUUUUCACAGAUUGAACUUUCGUUAUUGAGAACCAUUUGAGUCUACAUUAUUGAUAGAUCAUAUAAAAUAAAGAUUAAGAGCUUUCUCAUGCAUAUAUAAGACAAAAAAAUGCCUAGGAUGUAUAUAUCAUAAUUUGGUAUGUAUGUAUCUAUGUGGAAUCUUUGAUCCAAUAUAUUAUUGUUUUCAGAUGAACAAUAGUCAACUUUAAUUAAGAUCAUUGGUCCACCAUUUUGUCGCAAAUAUAUAAACUAGCAAGUGUACUUACUCUGAAAAAGAAGCAUUUAGACUAACUAGCAAGUGUACUUAAUCCGAAGAAGAAGCACUUAGACUGCAUAUAAACUGUAACUGUCAUGCAUAAUUUUGAAAUCAAUGUGAAUAUAUGUCCUAAUGGAACAACUAAAUUGAAGAAUUGAGCAGGUCAGGUUAACUACGUAAUAUAUAUUACAAAAUCAUGCAUACAAUACAAUUAAUAUGUACUUAAAUAAGUACAAGAUUAACAUACCCGGUAAAAUAAUUGCACAUAAAACACAUGGUAAAUAAGUUUGACCAGUUGAUUUGUUAUGGAAAUAAUUAAAAGAAAACUAAUUUUCUUGGAUUUGGUCAGAGAGAUUAGUUGUAUUAAGAAUGGGAAUCUUAACUACAAAGAAUUGUGGAUUUUGGGUCGACCUACCACCUAAAACGACGUCGCCUCCUUAUCUGGCUUCCAAUCUCUUUCUCCUCUCUCUCUCUCUUAUAAGCUUGCGUUGGCCAGUCGCUCAUCUCAAAUACAAAGACACGAAUAUUAAACACACAGAAGAAGAAGAAGAAGGACGAGAAAGAGCGAGAGGAGAGAUGAAGUCUCAUAUGGUUUGGUUUUUGUUUCUUGCAUCCUUCUUGUCUGUGUUUCCAGCUCCAUCGGAGAGCAUGGUUCGCCAUUACAAGUUUAACGUUGUGAUGAAGAACAUUACUAGACUAUGCUCAAGCAAGCCAACCGUGACCGUGAACGGUAGAUAUCCAGGUCCUACAAUCUACGCACGAGAAGACGACACGUUGCUCAUCAAAGUCGUUAAUCACGUCAAAUACAACGUUUCGAUCCACUGGCACGGUGUGAGACAAGUGAGAACAGGAUGGGCCGAUGGGCCUGCUUACAUAACCCAGUGCCCGAUCCAGCCAGGUCAAGUCUACACAUACAACUACACCUUGACCGGCCAACGCGGAACCCUCUGGUGGCAUGCUCACAUCCUCUGGCUCAGAGCCACUGUUUACGGCGCAAUUGUUAUCCUCCCCAAACGUGGUGUUCCCUAUCCGUUCCCCAAACCCGACCACGAGAAAGUCAUAGUUCUAGGUGAAUGGUGGAAAUCGGAUACGGAAAACGUCAUUAACGAGGCACUUAAGUCUGGAUUAGCCCCUAAUGUCUCCGACGCUCACAUGAUCAACGGACGCCCUGGCCUUGCUAAAAAUUGUCCAUCUGAUCAGGGCUACAAAUUGUCAGUCAAAAAUGGCAAAACCUAUUUGCUACGAGUAGUCAAUGCUGCACUUAAUGAAGAACUAUUUUUCAAAGUCGCUGGCCACCUUUUCACGGUGGUUGAAGUCGACGCCGUCUACGUCAAACCGUUCAAGAUCGACACCAUCGUUAUAGCCCCCGGUCAAACCACCAACGUCCUCCUAACCGCCUCAAAAUCAACCGGCAAAUACCUUGUAACCGCUUCUCCCUUCAUGGACUCCCCAAUCGCGGUAGACAAUGUAACCGCCACCGCGACUGUCCAUUACUCCGGAACACUAUCCUCCUCACCGACAAUCCUCACUCUCCCUCCGCCGCAAAACGCUACGUCCGUCGCCACUAACUUUACAAACUCUCUUCGUAGUCUCAACUCCAAGAAGUACCCUGCCCUAGUCCCGACCACCAUCGACCACCACCUCUUCUUCACUGUUGGCCUCGGGCUAAACCCGUGUCCUACUUGUAAGGCUGGAAACGGUAGCCGUGUCGUGGCCAGUAUCAACAAUGUAACAUUCGUUAUGCCUAAAAUCGCGUUGCUUCCGGCUCAUUACUUUAACAUUAGUGGAGUUUUUACACCGGAUUUUCCAAAGAUCCCACCGCACGUUUUCAACUACAGCGGAGGAUCACUCACGAACAUGGCCACGGAAACCGGCACAAGGCUUUACAAGCUACCAUACAAUGCAACGGUGCAGCUGGUUCUCCAAGAUACCGGCGUCAUAGCGCCGGAGAACCAUCCGAUUCAUCUUCACGGCUAUAACUUCUUUGAAGUUGGUCGGGGAUUAGGUAACUUCAACCCCAAGAAAGAUCCAAACAACUUCUAUUUGGUCGAUCCGGUUGAAAGGAACACAAUCGGAGUACCAUCUGGUGGAUGGGUCGUCAUCAGAUUUAGAGCGGAUAAUCCCGGGGUUUGGUUUAUGCAUUGUCACUUGGAGGUACACACGACGUGGGGAUUAAAGAUGGCUUUCUUGGUGGAGAACGGCAAAGGACCCAAUCAGUCGAUUUUGCCACCGCCUAAGGAUUUUCCCAAGUGUUAGGGUCAUUCAACUAAACAAGACCACGUCCAAGAAGACCAGUGAGUACUGGUGAAAAAUUCAUUGUGGAUUUUGUUAAAAGUUAAUAUUUUUUUAGCAAAGCAAAGGUUCGAUUUUUUUCUCAAGCAAAGUUUGAAUAAAAGAGGAAAAAAGAGCAAUGUAUUAUAAUAAUAUUUUUAUCAUUAUAUCAAAUUACAUUUACAUUUUGUUAUUGUCUUCAACACAACGUACUCUUGUAUAGCCCAUGCGUUUUAUUUAUUAUUUUGGUCCAA